AUGAGCACACCCAUGAGCUCCGGCGCAGCCCCGGUGACGGAAGCGCCUUAUCCCUUCGCCUACGAUCAAGUUAUCAUGAUUGCCGUGCCUGAGAAUUUCACCCCCAACUGAAUCUUAGUUCAGGAACUCCACGCUCACUCCCGUGCCACUUGGGAUUCCUUCAGGACUCAAUCACACAAGGCGCUUGCGCUCGUGCAUCGCUACACCCGCAUAUACGACGUUCUCAACAGAGGAUUCGGUGGUUACAACUGCAAGUUCUCAUAGCAUAAUUUCUAUCUGCCGGCCGUUGGAGCACCGUCCGGAGCUGCUGAACGGUCCUGUGCGUGACAGCUCGGUCGCGAGAGUGUCCGACGAGGGGGGUGACCGACCGCCUCGCUUACCACCGAUAACUGACCUGUGGCCUCCCCUUGCUGACCCCUGUCCUCCUCCUCCUCCUCCUCCUCCUCCUCCAGCUGCUUGGUGCCUUCACCUUGCCCAAAAGGUGAGAGUUUACUCGAGACUCUCUCCAGAUUUCUGAAAAUGGCUUUGACCCGCAACCCCUAUUCAGUUCCUCCCUCGACCGGCGAGCGCUCCCCAAGUACGCCUCCUCACAAUUUGGCUCGGUGCGAACGACUGCGUAUCCCCCAGAUCAGCGCAAUACGUCUCCGAAGUCGACUUUCAAAACAACCUCCGCUCACUCGUCAGCUUGGCUCGCUCCUUGCCUUCACCACCCGAGAUCGUCCUCAUCACUUGCCCACCCUUCUUAGCCGAAUUAUGGGACCAAGAGUUGGCUAGCCGUGGGAUCGUCGUUGAUGCGAACGAAGUAAGGACGGCCGAACGUGCAGCGGAAUACGCCGAGUUGGUCCGAAGCUUGGGCAAGGAAUUGGGUCUGCCUGUUGUUGAUGCGCAUGAGGCGAUCGAUCGACUCGCGGCCGUGGAAGGCAGGCUCGGUUCCGAUAAAUACGUCAAGUACAUGCCCGACGGCUUGCACCCCAACGAACUGGGGUAUAGGAUCGUUACAGAAGGUGAGCGUUCAGAGUUCUUUGGAGGCUACGGCGAAUGCGAUCAUGCUGACUUUUUAGUGUUUUCGCGCCGGAUCACAGAACUGGAGAAAGUUAUUCGGGCCACGUACCCGAAGCUGUUCUGGGAGACGUUGCCUCAGGUAUUCCCGGCCUGGGACCAAGUUCGUAAGUUACAGCAUCAUCUUCAUUCAUUCUCUCUCUUUUGA